GCCGCCAACGCCACCGCUUUCUUCCGUCGGCCAUGUCCAUCCGCUCAGAUCGCUACCGCCGGUGGGAACGCCGCGCUCGAACUAGAUCACACGACGGCGACACGCCAAUCGAGAGGCUCAACGACGAUGUCCUCGUGGAGAUCAUCUCCCGCGUCCUGUCCAGGCAGCGCUGGCGCUGCAAGCGCGUGUGCAGGCGGUGGCUGCGCCUCGCCAGGACGCUGCCCCAGUCCCUCGCCGGCUUCUUCUACACCAGCAGCAACAAGGAGCGCUUCCCGGAGACCGCCCUCCACUUCUUCAACGUCUCAGGUGGCCAGGGGGGCCGCCCUUUCAUCUACCCCUCCUUCGCCUUCCUGCCCAGCCGCCGGCGCCUCGACCUCCUGGACUGCUGCAACGGCCUCGUCCUCUGCCGCUGGUAUGGCGUCUCUGCCCCGGACGACGAUGAUGACGGGUUCCGCUACGUGGUGUGCAACCCCGCCACGGAGGAGUGGGUCGCGCUGCCGGACAUUGACAUCCCAAACAGCUGCAAGGCCAUCAAGGAGUACAGAGUGCGUCUCGGUUUUGAUCCGGCCACGUCUUCCCACUUCCACGUGUUUGUACUUUCUUGGGGUGGCCGCCACCGCCUCGGAGUGGAUGUCUACUCGUCGGAAACCGGCACAUGGGUUUACAAUGAAGUGAGAUUGGGUGGAGAUGUCAACCUCUUUCAUCAUCUGAAGGGAACUGUCUUCCUCAAUGGCCGUCUCCAUUUUCACACUUUGGAUUAUCAUGUCUAUGAUGAUUCUGGUCGUUGGGUGGGGAGGGGUGUCCCUUCUAUAGCUGCAGUGGACACGGACGGCGAAACAUGGUCAGACUUUGGUUUUCCUAGACAUCUGCAGCGUGAUCUGGGUAUGGAGGAUGAUGGUUUUAUUCAGCUGUCGCAGGGCCGCUUGCAUUAUGCAAAUAUUACUCAGAGAAAUACCGGUAUUAAGACAGUAGUUUACGUUCUCGAGGACUAUGACAGAAGAGAAUGGGUACUGAAGCAUACCGUUAAACUUUCAGACAUGUUUGAUAGCAAAGACUACGGGAUUGGCUUUGAUUGGGUUGCGAUCCAUCCAGAAUGUAACGUGAUCUUCUUCACCCUGUGGUCAGGAAAUCAGUUCAUGUGUUACAACAUGGAUACUGGGCGAACUAGCCAGAUCCGCACUCUUGAAGAUGGCCGGUCACCGUAUCUGUCAUAUGUGCCGUUCUACUCAGAGUUGCAAUGUUUGCGCUCGUGACAUCAAUGCAUCAAUGCGGGGCUGCUGGUGUCUUUAUGAGUUUGAUCUUUGAAAGGAGACAAUUGUCCGUGCUUUGGAGCAAUGUGCUUGGUGUGUCUGCCUGAAUUUCGUUCUCAGCUUUUCUAACUGGAGUGCUCUACUGUCUACAUGCUUUUAUGCUUGGAGCAAUGGUGCUUCAGUAUGGACUAUGGAGCCAACCUGUGUUAUCUCUCUUAGAAUAGUUCUAAAAAUUUCCACUGAACUUCCUGUUAUAUGUACUUGUU